CCUGCACUGAUCGCAUGUGACAUCUUGGACGCUAUGAGCACUCAGAACCCGCUUGCCAUCUUACUACAGCCUUUCUGCGCUGCAAAAUCAGCCCAAAACACAGAAUCGCGUCCCGGAACGUCACCACGCAUCCGCACGCGCCUCUUGCGACACUGGAACCAUGGAUAAGGUUCGAGUGCAUGACGAAGAUACAGCAAUGGGAUCUGCUUCUGGCUCCGGCUCAGACCUAUCAAACCUGAGUGCAUUGAACGAAAAUGAGACCGACGACCUCGGCCGGCGCAUUCUCGAGAAUCAGCGAGAAGCACAGCGUGCAAGGCAAGAGAACCGGCCUUUCUGGAGAGCUAAGCCUCGACCCCGAACAACGAUACCUGUAGAGACAAUUGCAAGUACUGCAGAAGAAUCGGGUCAUCAGCGAGCCGCGAGCGCUGGAAGCAACAAAUCAGACCCGCCUUUGAACGUCCCGCGAGAAUGGGGAAGAAGAGCUAAGCGACGUACGGACUGGCCUAGGAAGCUUGAUGCGGACGAAGAGUUGGAUAUACAGCCACUAAGAGCGGACGACGAUUCCAUCUUUCCUCAUAGAACGUUGUAUACUGGCGACGACAAUCCUCUGCUGAGUCCUGGCGGCGUCGUGGCUUCACUUGAAAAUACUCCACCAUCAAUGCGCAGGCGAAGGCAAAUGUCCUCACCUUCAUCGCUACAUCACAUGAAUACCACAUUACAGCCUGCUCUAGACUCGGAAGAUAUCGAGUUUAAUGAUGCAUCUUUGCUGGUAUCGACACCUGCAGUAAAUCAUCGGAAUCGAAAGAUUGAUAUGUUGAUGCAGAGGGAGAUCGAGGUCGUCGAGAAACGAGCGGUGACCAAGAGGUCAUUGGAGACUCUUGCUAGAAGGGCCACAGAGGAUUCAAGGCCAGGAAGUGCUCCGUCUGGUGACCAGGCUAGGAUCGUGGGACGAAGACGAAGCAACCUCAGCGAUAAGGAGAAUGAGCCCGAUGAUGUGGACAUCUCGAAGCCAGCAGAACAGAAAUCGAGACCAGCGCGGAGAAGUCAGCACGGACGGAACGAUAGUCUCGCUCUGCUGCGUAAGCUGGCUCGCGUAUCGAGCAUGUCACCGAGCCCUGCCAGAGAUAAGGAUGACGAGCGUCGAGCCAGUGGCAGUUUUCCAAACACAUCCAAAGACGAUGGCGACAAAUCAUCAGAAGCCCAAACAGACUCUCGGCGUGUGCGCAUCGAUGGGCAUGCCAAGAAGAAUAACGAACCCGAUGGGCUUGACACUCCGGCAAAGUCCUACCUCAAAAAACCCCCAAAAGACCCAAGAAGGAUAUUUAGCGAACCGAACCACCCAAAGUCAGCUCUCGAAGCAGUAGUCCAAGACGCGAAGGAAAAGGGCGACCCUCUUCUAGGCGAGAACACACUUGCAUCCUUGGAGGACAUAGUACAUCCACCGGACGCUACCAAUUCUACUUUGAAUUUUGAUACCAAUGCAACGUCGAAUCCUCCACCUGGAGGCAAUGAAACCAGCGCAGGUCUCACACAAGCCGAAAAAGACCGAAGGCAGGAAGACCUUGCGCUAGAGAAUCUCAACAAACGACUUCGCUCGACACGAUCAACUAUUAGGGAUGCGAAUCGUGGUCUGCGACGAAUCGAAAACCGUAUUGAAGCAGCGUCGGAAGGCGAUCCUGGCCCGGAUCGAAUCCCUGGCCCGCACGACAGCGACUACGAGGCUUGGGCAAGCACUUUACCGCCAUACACUGAUCACAACGGUCGCACAAUCUGCGCGCACUGCGGCGGCUCGUACACCUCAGUGUGGCGCGGGUUGUGGGUGGAAUUUCGAGAAAAUUUCUACACGUGGUCCGGACCAAAACAACAAAGCUUACAACUCACAUGGCUCGGCUGGACCCUCGUAAUCUGGUGGAUCUGGUUCGUGCUGGAGUCCAUGGCAUCGAAUUAUUUCGCUUAUCGUUACGACACAUUUUUUCCGUUUGUGAUACCCACUCUGAUUUUACGACCUUUGGCACCCGUUUGGAAACCUGUUUGGGAUAUUUUUGUUUGGUGUUGGAGAGCCAUUUUUGGGACUACGGCGAGACCAGACGGGCAGUGGCGAAGACCGCCUUCGAGAGUGACCACCUCGCAUACCACGCGAGUAAUGGGAGGGAAGGAUUGGAUUGGAGCUGCUGCUAAAGCCACGGCGUCUGCGACUAGGAGGAUUGUUAAUAGCGCCAAGCAGGCUGUAGACGAUGUUGGAAAUAUGUGGGAUGAUGAGUACCUGUGAGGACCAAGAGUGUGGGAGACUGCCUCUAGUGAAGGGAAGUAAGCGAUACAGCACUACCAAAUGAGAUUCGAUUCUCUUUAG